GAACGAUGCAAUGCAAUCACUCCGGGAUACCUUUUGCCAGAUAGCGGAUUUCUCACAGACGACCACGACGGUCACAGCAAGCGGUACAUACUGAAGAGGGAUAAGGGAUUACCGAUUCGAUUGGCAUAUUGAGGCACAGACGCUCUGGACACUUGUACUUGCCACCAUGUCAGACACCAAGGCACAAGCAGCAGCAGCCCCACGCUGUCCCCUUGGUUUCUCCGGCACGCCUCCAGAAGGACAUCCCUCCAUCCCUGGAUUCUCUGACUCCACCUCCCGCUCCUCCUCAGGUCCACGCUCCGGGUCACGCCCAAGCCCAGCAACCUCCAAGCUCACCCUCUUCCUCGCUCUCAUCCCCAAGAGUGCCGACCCGCGCAAGUGGACGACGCACCAAGUCUUCUUCGUGGAGGUCCUCUUCCUGCUGCUAUGCGUUGUGCUGGCUGUGUAUAUGCCUAGGAUCAAGGGUGCGACGGACGCCAGAGCCAAGGCACAGGUGCAGGGUCCGGGUGCUGGCGUGAAGGGGAAGAGGGAGUGAGCGCUCUUUCUGACCGACUGGUGGGCCGUACCAAGUGAAGGGGAGAGACUUCUUAAAGGAGUCCAUCAAGCCUUCCAUCUAACGAGUGUCAACAUUCCCUACGAGCGACCUGUAAUGGUCGUAGGUCUGACUGUGGCCCUGCUCCAAUUCUCAAGACCGUCGACGUCUCAUGACUACCCACUAAAUCUUGUAUAUAGCAAUCAACCCAUCAUCGACCCAGCCUGCGCCCGCGCUGAUAUCACGCCCCCUUCCCACACUCCUCAUGAAUGUACAUCGUGGUAUUAUUGCUCAAGUGCUUCUACAGUGUCCAAUGGCUUAAUCGCCCGAAAGAGAAGACAGUUACAAUAGCGUCGACCCCCUGCC